GUCUGGGAGCGCGGCCGGGGCGCCGCUGCGGAUUGGUCCCCAACAAAAGCCUCCGAUCCCGUCCUAUUGGCCCGUUCGCCGGAGGGCGAUGCUGAUUGGCGGGACGGAGCAACCUGGCUCCUAGUUGGCAGAGCUCUCCCCGGAUGGGAGCUCCGGCCGGCCGCGGAGUGAUGGUGGCGGCAGCGGAGAUGGGCCGGGCAGGGACCAUGGCGGUGGCGGCAGAGGCGGCAGGGGCGGGGUGGCUGGCAGUAGAGGAGGCUGUGGUCUCCAGGGGGCUGUAGGUGGAGGCAUGGCUCGGGCCAGCAGCGGGAACGGCAGCGAGGAGGCCUGGGGGGCACUUCGAGUGCCGCAACAGCAGCUUCGAGAGGUUUGCCCAGGAGUGAACAACCAGCCCUACCUCUGUGAGAGUGGUCACUGCUGCGGGGAGACUGGCUGCUGCACCUACUACUAUGAGCUCUGGUGGUUCUGGCUGCUCUGGACUGUCCUCAUCCUCUUUAGCUGCUGUUGCGCCUUCCGUCACCGACGAGCUAAACUCCGGCUACAGCAACAGCAGCGGCAGCGUGAGAUCAACUUGUUGGCCUACCACGGGGCAUGCCACGGGGCUGGCCCUGUUCCUGCCAGUUCACUGCUUGACCUUCGCCUCCUCAGCGCCUUCAAACCCCCCGCCUAUGAGGAUGUGGUUCACCGCCCGGGCACACCACCACCUCCUUACACUGCGGUCCCAGGCUGCCCCUUGACUGCUUCCAGGGAAUGUACCUGCUGCUCCUCCACUUCUAGCUGCCCUGUCCACUCCGAGGGAACAAAUGUGGAAGGUGUUUCCUCCCACCAGAGUGCCCCCCCUCAUCAGGCGGGUGAGCCUGGGGCAGGGGUGAGCCCUGCCCCCACACCCCCCUCCUGCCGCUAUCGCCGCCUGACUGGUGACUCGGGCAUCGAGCUCUGCCCUUGCCCUGACUCCAGCGAGCGUGAGCCAGUCAAGGAAGCUAAGGCUAGUGCUAUCCAGCCAGACCUGGGGGACUGCUCCCCCUGCACACUGUCCCUAGAACCCAUACCCCAAGUUCCUUCCAUGGGGCCGGCUACCAGUGAAGGGGGCAUCCCAUGAGCAGUUUUAGGAGGGUGGGUGCCCACUAGAAACAGCCCUGGUUCCAGCUCCUUGAGUUCUCCUCGGCCUCUCCCUGCCUUCCUAGAAUCUGCCUGAAAGGGCUGGAGUCCCGAGGACAGGGGCCAUGUUUGGGGGACUGUGCUAGCUCUACCCCCGGUGACAUACACAGGAGCCUUUGAUCUCAUUAAAGAGAUAUGAACCA